AUGAGCGAUAAUAUUUCCGCCGCCGCCGCCGCCGCUGCCAUGCUACCAAUUCCCGGCAAACGGAACAUUCUUAUCACCAGCGCCUUGCCGUACGUCAACAAUGUUCCCCAUCUCGGCAACAUCAUUGGCUGUGUGCUGAGUGCUGAUGUAUAUGCGAGGUUCUGCAGGAAGAGAGGGCAUGUUGUACUGUAUAUUUGUGGCACAGAUGAGUAUGGGACAGCAACUGAGACUAAGGCAUUGGAGGAAGGAUGUUCCCCAAAGGAGAUUUGUGACAAAUAUCAUAGUAUUCACAGAAAGGUGUAUGAGUGGUUUGAUAUAAGCUUCGAUGAGUUUGGGCGUACGUCAACGCCCCAGCAGACUCAAAUUUGUCAAGCAAUCUUUAAGAGAUUACUGGAUAAUAAUUGGCUUUCAGAGAACACAAUGCAACAGCCAUUCUGUGAUAGAUGCACUAGAUUCUUGGCUGAUAGGCUCGUGGAAGGUAAUUGUCCAUUUUGCAAUUAUGACUCUGCCCGUGGUGAUCAGUGUGAAAAGUGCCAGAAGCUUUUAAAUCCGACGGAAUUACUGGAGCCUAAAUGCAAGGUUUGUCGCAAUACUCCACGCAUUCGGGAUACGAACCACUUGUUUCUUGAACUUCCUCUGCUGAAGGACCGAUUAGAAGAAUAUAUCCGACGCAUGUCAGUUGCCGGAGGAUGGAGUCAAAAUGCUGUCCAAGCAACACAUGCUUGUCUCCGGGAAGGGCUGAAACAUCGUUGCAUCACACGGGAUUUGAAAUGGGGUGUCCCUGUUCCACAUAAGGGAUUUGAAGACAAGGUAUUCUAUGUAUGGUUUGAUGCACCUAUUGGGUAUAUCUCAAUUACUGCAUGCCACACACCAGAUUGGGAAAAGUGGUGGAAGAAUCCCGAUGAUGUAGAACUUUACCAGUUUAUGGGAAAAGAUAAUGUGCCUUUUCAUACUGUGAUAUUUCCCUCCACUCUUCUUGGAACAAAUGAAAGAUGGACUUUGAUGAAAACCAUCAGCGUCACAGAAUACUUGAACUAUGAAUCUGGAAAAUUCUCCAAGAGCAAGGGUGUAGGAGUGUUCGGGAAUGAUGUAAAAGACACAAAUAUCCCUGUUGAAGUAUGGAGAUAUUAUUUGCUGACUAAUAGGCCUGAGGCAUCAGACACAUUGUUCACAUGGGCUGAUUUGCAAGCAAAGCUGAACAGUGAGCUGCUGAACAAUCUAGGGAACUUCAUUAACCGUGUAUUGAGUUUCAUCGCCAAAGAUCCAGGUUCGGGUUAUGGUUCUAUCAUUCCUGAUGCUCAGAGUGCAGAUUCCCAUCCAUUGACAAAAGCAUUGGGUGAUAAAGUCGGUAAUUUUGUGGAACAAUAUAUAGAAGCAAUGGAGAAGGUGAAACUAAAGCAAGGAUUGAAGCUUGCUAUGACUAUAUCCGGUGAAGGAAAUGCUUAUUUGCAAGAAAGCCAAUUCUGGAAGCUUUACAAGGAGGACCGGGCAACUUGUUCUAUAGUGAUGAAAACUGCAGCUGGAUUAGUGUUUCUUCUUUCAUGCCUCUUAGAACCUUUUAUGCCAUCUUUCUCCGCUGAGGUACUAAAGCAGCUUAAUCUGCCACUCGAUCAAAUUUCACUUUCUGAACAAGAUGGCGUUGUUGAAAAGUCUAAAAGACCUUGGGAGUUUCUGUUGGCUGGUCACAAAAUUGGAACUCCGGCCCCAUUGUUUAAAGAACUGAAAGACGAGGAAGUCGAAUUCUAUAGGGAAAAGUUUGCUGGUAGUCAAGCCGAUAGGAUUGUGAAGGCUGAAGCUGAGGCGAAAAAAGUCACCGAGAAACUUAAGGAAGCAAAGAUUUCAGACGGUAAAAUUGGUAAGGACCCAACGAAAAAAUCUUGUUCUGCAAAGGCUAAGGUUUCGCCUCCUGCUGAUGCCGAAGUUUCAAUUAGCAGACUAGAUAUUCGAGUUGGUGUCAUUACAAAGGCUCAGAAACAUCCUGAUGCCAAUUCUCUAUAUGUUGAAGAGAUUGAUGUUGGCGAAGCAGAACCUCGCACGGUUGUUAGUGGCUUAGUCAAUUAUAUACCCCUUGAAGAUAUGCAGAAUCGGAGGGUUUGUGUUCUUUGUAACCUAAAGCCAGCAACCAUGAGGGGCAUAAAAUCUCAAGCAAUGGUCCUUGCAGCUUCGGAUAACAAUCACAUGAAGGUUGAGUUGGUCGAACCUCCCCACGGGGCGAUUGUGGGUGAAAGAGUGAGAUUCCCGGGUUUUGAAGGACCGGCUGAUGAGAUUCUAAAUCCUAAGAAGAAGGUUUGGGAAAGACUUCAAGUGGAUUUGCAUACUGAUAAGAAUUUGGUUGCCUGCUACAAAAAUCUGCCAUUCACAACAUCAGCUGGUGUCUGCACUGUUCCCUCCAUUACUGAAGGCUCGAUCCGGUAG